AUGCCGCGCGCUGGCGGCCGGAAGGGAGGGCGGGAGCGCCUGAGUGGCAGCUCGAGGAGGAUGGAGGAGGAAGCGGCGGCGGCGGCUGGAGGGGUCGCGGGUGUGUGAGGUGUGCCUCCCCCCUGUCGCCGUCGGCUAUGGCUCUGAUUGAGGGCGUGGGGGACGAAGUGACGGUCCUCUUUGGGGUUCUGCUGGUGGUGCUGGUGCUGGCCCUCGCCUGGUUCUCCACGCGCACGGUGGAGCGAGGGGACCCCCUCUUUGCUGCCUCCCCCCCUCUGGCCGCAGGGGGGCAGCCGCGGGAAGGAGGCCUCCUGGUGGAAGACAGGCCUGGGGCGCAGGUCUCGGGGGUCCGGCAGGUCAAGGACGAAGGGGCAUCGUCUUCGGCUGCUGCUGCUGCGGACGCCGGGGGGCUCAGGAAUCGGACGGCCCCCAGCCCUGCCCAGGGACCCCGGCUGGCCCCUGGCGCAGAAGCCCCCCCAGCAGACAACACCAUCGUUCUGCGGCUGAAGUUCCUGAAUGACACAGAGCGCCUGGCUAGGGUCCACCCUGAGGACACUGUUGGCACCCUGAAGAGGACCCACUUCCCGGGCCAGGAGCAACUGGUGCGCCUCAUCUACCAGGGCCAGCUCCUCCGGGACGACUCGCAGACGCUCUCCGCCCUGCACCUUGCCCACAACAGCGUGGUGCACUGCCACAUCUCGCAGAACCGGCCGCCGCCUGCGCCCGCCCACGGCAACGGCGCCCAGGCCGACACCGCCCAGGCGGCCCUCAACGUGGGCAGCCUGAUGGUGCCUCUCUUUGUGCUGAUGCUGGGCGCCCUCUGGUACUUCCAGCUGCAGUACCGCCACGUCUUCACGGCCACGGCCACCACCUGCCUGGCAGGCCUCACCCUCGUCUUCAGCUUCGUGGCCUUCGCCGUCUACCGCAGAUAGCGCCCGUCCGAGGCCCGGACUCUGCGCGCCAGCCUGCCAGGGGAGGGCAGGGCCCCCGGGUGGACAGAGACCUCGCGGGCUCCCCGACUGCCACCUCCGAGCUGCCUGGAUGUGUGCCCCCCGCCCUUCCUCU